GGUGCUGACCAGCCAGAGCUAUUCUUCCACACCGAUCGCAGCGGCUGGGAUCAGCCUCCACGGAUUCUGAUGUCUACUCUCCGUAGCCAAUCGGAGGCUGGAGGCGAAUCACUACUGGUGGACGGCCGAAAGGUCCUCGAGACGCUGAGGCAGCAGGAAAAAGCUCUCUAUGACCUUUUCACAAACCCAAAGCACACCAGUUUCCGUGCUGACGACGGAACGUUUGUGCCACGGGCAAUGCUCGACGAGCAAACUGGUAUCUUUCGCUUUCAGUUCGACGAUGGCAUUCAGAUGUCGGCAUCCAUGGUUGUUGCCUUUGCCAAACUGCGAGACAUGAUCUAUGAGAAUGCGUAUUUUGUAUCGUUGCAGCCGGGUCAGGGAUACAUUCUGGAUAAUCACCGAUAUCUGCAUGGCCGGGCCUCUUUUACAGGCUCGCGGGAGCUGCUCCGUGUCCUUGUCAGCCCGUCCAUCCCAGGGUCGGAGAAGGUGAUGCUGUUUGACAUCGAUGGCACUCUCUGCCGGUCCGAGGCGCUCAGCAUUGACGCGUAUUAUUCCUGCGUCAGUGAUAUCGUGGGCAAGGACAUUACUCAUGCAAACACUCCAGUGAAUCUGCACGGGCGAACCGACCUUGGCUUACUGCAUGAUAUCCUCGAUUAUCACCAAGUGCCCGAAAAGGCUCUGGUCGUGGAGAAGUUCCUUCGCCUUCACCCGCAGUACCUUGAGCAGUCCUUGUCCAAAGGCCUACCAUCAGUGGUAUGCCCCGGUGCAAUGGAGGCCUUGGCCUGGCUGGUAAGAUACAAAGAGAGUCUGAGCCAUCCGAAGCUCCACAUCGGCUUAAUCACAGGCAACUCGCGUCCGAAUGCGCUGCUCAAACUCCGCGGAGCGGGCAUCGACACCAGUAUCUUCGACCUCGAGAUUUCUUCGUUUGGGGACAGCCAUCAUAAUCGACUGUCGCUGUUUCAAGAAUCCCUCACCAAGUUGCAGACCCGUCUGGGCCCUCAUAUCCGCGCAAGUGAUAUGUUGGUCGUCGGAGACACCCCUUUGGACGUGGAAUGCGCAAAGCAGGCGGGCUGUUCGGUCGUGGCGGUGGCAACCGGAAACUAUAAGGUGGAGGAGCUGGCCUCACUGCAGCCCAACUUCUGCUGCAGCCAGUUGAUGGAAACCAAGGAAUACCUGCAGAUGGCUUUUUGAGGGGGCAAGUCUGUUCACAGCUCGAUCAGGCGCACAGUUCAUGGAGGAUAGUAUCAGAUGACCAGAAUGAAUUUUUAAAGCUUUGCCAGAUGGUGUAUGCCAUCCGAAGUAGUCUGAGU